ACAUGAUCAAUUCUGUACGCUUUGAGCGUGAAGAAAGUUGUGAACAUAUGCAAUUCAAUGUCCUCAAUGAGAGCCUGGGAGCUGAAUCACCAUCACAAAUCUCUGGGGUAACAAUGUCGGGCACCAGCAGCACCACAAACACAGAUGAUUCCCUUGCGGGAACAGGAAAUAUACUAUGCACGCAUGAUGGUGUUCUGCUGAAAAAGGCCAGUGCCGAACAUAUUGCCGAUUUAAAUAAUAGUGGUUCAUUGUCAUUGGUUGAAUAUGGGCCACCACGUCGUCUGUACAUUGAAUGGAAACCAAAUGAAAAUAUCCUAAUUGCUGACGAUAGCCAGGACCAGGAAGAUUGGGCAUUGGUUGAUACAAUAUCGCGAAGAUCCCGAACAAUUUCCGAGUGUAAAGCUUUCAACACCAAGCCCAUGGAGACAUCAACAGGUUCGCUGAAAUCGAGAUGUAUACGCACCUGCUUGGAAGACUUGUCGGGUGUGGAGGUUAAACAUCGUGGCCAAACUAUACGUUUCCUACGCAAAUGCGAUGGUACCUUACAUUCGGAAUUCUUUUUCCAACACGGCAAUGCUGAUCUGUUUGUACGAAGUAUGCGUCAAUUACACAUUAUCGAUAUACAACCCUCGACACGAAGUGGCGAGGAGUAUGUUAUUCUAACCACCGAAACCCAAAAACUAAAGAAAACAUUUGCUGAAUUGGAUAUUGGUGAGAUCAAGUCAAGCAGUGUGGGUAAUGAGAGUUGGCUACCCCAUAAAGUUGUGGGCUUCUUGGUCAACAUCCCCGAUUAUGUGUCACAGAAAGCACCACCACGUGUUCGACCUGGUUCCUUGGAUGCCAAAGAAAGGCAAAUAUCAUCACCACCAUCCGAUAAAUAUCAUAUGGUGGGUUUGGCUGACAGCUCAAAUACAUCGGGAUCCCAUAGUAGAGGCAGCAGUUUGGAUAAAUCGCCCGAUAUGGAUUCUAGUGGUUUGGAAAAUGUCAAAGAAAUCGAUGAGAAAAUUGUAACAUCAUUGCCAGAAAGACGCACAAUAGAACGUGGCAGACCUCUCAACGAAAAUCAAUGGCUCGAGUUUAUGACACCCGAAGGACGUGUGUCGGACUCGAAACGUGUAUUGGAAAUCAUUUUCCAUGGUGGUAUUGAACCCAAUCUCAGACCUGAGGUAUGGAAAUACCUACUCAAUUAUUAUCAAUGGAAUGAUUCGGAGGUGGAGAAAAUUGCAAGACGCAAAGAGAAAUCGAUGGAAUAUUAUAAUAUGAAAGCCCAAUGGCUGUCAAUGACCACAACACAAGAGGCGAACUUUUCAGGUUAUCGUGAUCGCAAGUGCCAAAUCGAAAAAGAUGUAAAACGUACCGAUCGUUCCUUGGAAUAUUUCGCCGGUGAAGAUAAUCCAAAUCUAACAACGCUGCAGGGAAUUCUUAUGACUUAUGUUAAAUAUAAUUUUGAUUUAGGUUAUGUCCAGGGUAUGUCCGAUUUGUUGGCACCCAUAUUGGCGAUUAUGGAAAACGAAGUCGAUGCAUUUUGGUGCUUUGUUGGCUUCAUGGAUAUGGUAUUCGCCAAUUUCGAUAUCGAUCAGGCAGGCAUGAAAACGCAAUUCAAUCAAUUGCGUACCCUUUUGGAAUUCGCCAAUCCACGACUAUUUAAAUAUAUGAAGAGUCACGAUUCCGAUAAUAUGUAUUUCUGUUUCCGUUGGCUAUUGGUUUGGUAUAAACGUGAAUUCUCCAACGAGGAUAUUCUCAAGCUGUGGGAAUGUUUAUGGACCAAACUGCCCUGUCCCAAUUUUCACAUCCUCAUAUCGGUAGCUAUUCUCGAUCAAGAGACCGACAUUAUUAUUGAAAGUAAAUAUCAAUUUACGGAAAUCCUGAAGCAUGUCAAUGAGCUGUCGGGCAACAUCGAUCUACAGAAAACGCUAAAAACAGCCGAAGCGAUUUAUUAUCAAAUCAAAGAAGCUGAAAAUUUACCCAACGAAAUACGACAAAUUAUCGGUGAACCAUUAUUGGAGACGGCAACGGAUCAACGCGAUGAGGAUAAUAGUUCACCGCAAUCAUUUGAUGAUGGAUUCGAUGAAUUGGUGCGUGAACUGACACCCGAAGAAAUGAAACGAAAACAGGAAUUGUUGGAGGAGGCUUGUGAACGUUCCAUGUUUUUACAAUAUAUGUAG